AUGGAUGCUGUCCUCAUCGCACGCCAGGCGGCUCCAACCGCCACGCCGUUCCCCUUCCCCUUCCAACACACCAAGAUGGACUUGGACUGGGCUGUGUUCAUGUACAUCUUCGUUUUCUGCGUCUUCGUCGGGACAAUACUGCUUGGCCGAAUCAUCACCUGCUCAACAUGGCAGCACCGCAUGGGACAAGGAGUACCGGGCGUACAGGACACAACAGGUCACCCUCCGCUGAAGACUGGUACUCGCUACAAGUUUGGCAGGGUCCGACUUGUGUACAUGAACGGACUCAUAAGCCUUAUCAACAUAACAAGAAGGACAGCGAGGGUGAUAAGCGGUAUGGUCUACAUGGGGUUCAUAUGA